CCACUCGCGAGUACGUCAUCAAGAAGCGCCGGCUGCCUGUAUGUGGCAGUAACAUUUCAAUGACAUUUUGGUCUGAGUUUUAAUUUUAAUUUAGCGUAAAUGGCUUCGGUGACGCAGAAGAUGACAAUUAAUCUCUGGGCGCGGGUUUUCAAUAUCACCAGAGUACGGCAUUACAGAGCAUCAGUGAUUGCCCUGAAUUCUCGGGGUUACAGUGUGCUGCCACCCCCCCGUGAUGCUGAGGAGAAAGCGGUCCUGGACAAAAUGCUGAGGGUCGACCAUGCCGGAGAGUUUGGGGCAAAUCGCAUAUAUGCUGGCCAGAUGGCGGUUCUGGGGAGGACCCAUUUAGGACCACUGAUCCAGCAAAUGUGGGAUCAAGAGAAGAUACAUCUGCGUAAAUUUGAUGAGAUCCUGGCGGAGAACCGAGUGCGGCCCACGGCGUUGCUUCCCCUCUGGAACGUUGCUGGGUUUCUGCUUGGGGCUUCUACAGCCUUGCUGGGGAAGGAGGGGGCAAUGGCGUGCACUGUCGCAGUGGAGGAGAGCAUCUCAGAGCACUACAACAGCCAGAUCCGGGCCCUGAUGGAGGCUGACCCUGAGAGAUACAAAGACUUAUUACAAUUAAUUAAAGAGUUCCGUGAUGAUGAGAUUGAACAUCAUGACACAGGACUGGAGCAUGAUGCUGAAUCGAUGAUGUGGUUCUGUUGGCCUCAUCGGACCGUGACCUUCAGCUCUCACUGGAGCAGUUCGCAGCCGAGUGUGAAGCGGCUAGGAUGAGAAUCAGCACCUCCAAAUCCGAGACCAUGGUUCUCAGCCGGAAAAGGGUCCCCGGAUACUGGCUUUUGAAGAGCGCCAUUCAAUUUGGCUGCAAGGCUGCCAUUUAUGCAUCUGAGCGUAUCUAGAGGCAUCGCCAAGACGUAUUUCUUAAAUUAAGAAUAAAUGGUUGUAUUUAUGUUGA